AUGGAUCAGUCAUUGCAUUCAAUAUCAUUUGAUGGCUUAUCGUAUGACAUCUGUAUGAAUGCUAAAGACUUUGUGCGUCAAGAAGUGCUAAAAGGGAGUCCUCGAGUGUCUUAUGCAAGCAAAAGGUCGGCCAAGUCUUCGGCGUGGAAGCGCUUCGUUCGUGUCCUGUAUGACCAAAAGGCAACCAAUUUUGCCAAAUGUGUUGCCUGUGAUACUAUUGUCAAAUACACACCACAGUUGGGCACUGCAGGACUUCUUCGACAUAAAUGUCCGCAAAUUAAUCAGCACUUGACAACUGAUAUGUUGGACCAAACGGAUGCACUGAUUGCUAACAUAUCUAAUGUCCAAAAUCUCGUCGAUUUGUAUGAACCGCACAAUUCUGUAAUCGACUCAUUGGGUGAGAUGACUGCUGAAGAUGUCAACGACAAGAAGUUUAUAAUACAAGUGGUGACAAAUAGUGACCGCGAAGUGUCAUUCAAGAGAGUACACGGAACGAGUAAAGCGUGGAAUUAUUUCCAAAGGAUUUACUACAAGAAUAUUAGGACAGAGUUUGUCAAAUGUAUGACUUGUGAUAACAUCCAAAAGCAUACCUCCACUGACGGUACGGGAGGUCUAUUGAGACACAAAUGCUUUCCCGACAAUAACUCAUCUAAGUUGGUCUCAAAUGAAUUACUUGUUUGUGAUUAUAACGAAACUGAAAGUAACGCAAAUGAUACAGAAUAUGAAGACUUUAUUGUUAAAGAAUGGAGACAUUCGUCAAAAACAUCAAAAUCAACAAAAGAGAGGAAAAAACUCGUGAAUAUGAUUAUGAAUAACGAUCAGAGACUUAGUUUUGUGGCAGAAAAUGGCAAAAGUAAAGUUUGGGAACGAUUUGAUCGUAUAUUCUUUGACGACAAGAAAAUCGAUUUUGUCAAAUGCAAGAUAUGUCAUAUGGCGGUCAAACAUACCAGUCGUAUCGGUACUAAAGGACUCAUUGUUCACAAAUGCAGACAAAUUUUCAAAGAACAACAAAUGGUUAAUCAAGAUCUUAAUGAUGAAAGUGAUAUUAAUUACAAAAAUUUUAAUAUUUCAUCAAAAACUGAUCCCAAAAGUCAUAACAGCCAAUUGGUCGAUGAGAUCGAUACUCUUAAAUUGAUUGUUCAAAAAUGUCUACAAAUUAUAGACAAUUGUGUUUGUGAUAACAAAUAUUCAAAACAAAGAAAAGAUGUCAAUAUAUUGCUUCUCAAUUUAGAGACACUUUCAUCAAACAAUAAGCUUAACACACAUUUCAGUUAUGAUUUAAAUAUUACUAAAAGAGUUACCAAUGCUAUUAAGAGAAAAUAUAUUAAGAAAUCACGAAUUAAAAAACAAUUACCGUGUGAUUGGCCCGGUUGUGAUAAAACUUUCAUUCAAAUGCAUCAUUUGAAAGAGCAUUUAAACAACGCUCAUAUGGAGCUUAAAGAUUUUAUAUGUGAAUGGCCCGGAUGUGAGGAAAAGUUUAUUAAACCACAUAAAUUAAAAUAUCAUAUAAUGAAACAACACACUAAUGAAAAACCAUAUAAAUGCGAUGAGUGUUCAUACAGUGCUUUAUUUAAAGCUGUAUUAAAACGACAUCAGCGAAUUCAUGCGACUGAGAAAGCACUGAUAUGUGAUUGGCCAGGCUGUGACUUCAAGACAAAUCACGAACACGUUUUGAAAACUCAUAAAUUCAAACAUUCCGGUCAAAAACCAUUUAAAUGCUCUUGGCCUUCAUGUGACUGGUCUUUUCGACAAAAACAUCAUUUAAAGGCUCAUAUGCUUAAGCACACCGGUGAGAGACCAGUCGUUUGCGAAGAACCCACUUGUGAUCGAAGGUUUACCUCUCGACAGGCAAUGAGAUUUCAUUUGGAAAAAAUACAUAGAAUUGCCAUUUAA